GUGAUGGCCUAAGAGCUGAUAAGUUAUAUCAACUUUAUCAGGACGAACACGACGAGGACAAAUUUUUUACGGUGCCCACUGAAUCAAGACCCGGCCACGUCGCAAUCAUUGCGGGGUUUUACGAGGAUGUUAGUGCCGUGACCAAAGGUUGGAAAACAAAUCCGGUCGAGUUCGACUCUGUUUUCAAUCAGAGCCGACACACUUGGUCAUUUGGUUCACCCGACAUAUUGCCAAUGUUCGCCGAGGGCGCAUCUGAUCCGACUCGGGUUGAUGCUAUCAUGUAUAGCCACGAUAGCGAAAAUUUUGCCGAAGAUGCUACCAAAUUGGACACCUGGGUUUUCAACCAAUUCUCUCAACUUCUCGCCAACUCAUCAUCUGAUCCCGAUCUGCAUAGAAAAAUUCAUGAUGAUCAAAUAGUGAUAUUCUUACACUUGCUUGGAUUGGACACCAAUGGGCAUGCCUACGGGCCUCACUCGAAAGAAUACAUAAAUAACAUUAAGGUCGUCGACGAAGGAAUUCGUAAGACCGUUAAGCUUCUUGAAGACUUUUAUGGAAACGACGGGAAGACGGCAUAUAUAUUUACCGCCGACCAUGGAAUGAGCAACCGGGGCAACCACGGGGAUGGACAUCCGGAUAAUACGCGUACACCAAUAAUAGCAUGGGGUGCGGGAAUUAAAAAACCCAAUAAAACUCAUCCGACAGGGCACGAUGAAUUUUCGGAAGAGUGGGGGUUAGAAAGCGUCCAACGCAAUGACAUCCUGCAAGCCGACAUUGCACCAUUAAUGGUCGGAUUGGUUGUCCUAAGUGCUGUCAUCGUGUAUGACACAACAAAUAAACUGAGAGCAAAGGCUGGAUUGCCUUUCGUGAACCAGGUCGUUGCAUGGAUAAUAUUGGCGGCGACUCCAUUUGCAUACGGUCUUAGAACCCCACAACAUUAUCUUCAGCGAUUAAGUACCAUCAUACUCGCGUUCUCGCCAUUAUUUGUCCUUCUCAGUAUCUCUUACGAGGUGCUAUUUUAUUAUUCCCUCUCCAUAACGCUUGUCAUAUGGCACCAAAUUGAAAAACUGCUGUUCAACUUCGAACAACUAUCGCCACCAUUGAAGUCACGUGAAUCCCGGAAACUUCAACUUCGAGAUUCUCGCGUGUCUCUGAUAUUCUUAUUCUUCAUCAAAGUAGCAUUUUUCGGGACAGGAAACGUCGCAAGCUUAGCCAGUUUCUCGUUGCAAAGCGUGUACCGCUUGACCACCAUCUUCAAUCCAUUCUUGAUGGGCGCUUUACUACUAUUUAAAAUCAUUAUACCAUUCUUCGUUGUUACAUCGGUAUUUGGGGUCAUCAACAAAUCAUUGAAUCUACCAUUGUUCAGUUUAUUUCUAUUGGUAUUGUCGACUUCGGAUAUCAUGACAUUAAACUUCUUUUACCUGGUGAGGGACGAUGGAAGCUGGUUGGAAAUUGGGACCACAAUCAGUCAUUUUGUGAUUAGUUCAUUGUUUUCGUUGUUCAUGAUACUGCUGUUUUUAUUGAGCGAGAUCUUGGUCGGGAAGACCUUGGUGGAUGAAAGGGAAGGUGAAGGGAGGAAGGUUAAAUAG